AUGCCAUCAAUUGAUAGCUCUGAAGAGCUUCAAGAAUCUGUUUGUAAGAUUAGGGAACUGUUUGUCGAAGAUUAUGAACAAAAUAAAGAACUAUACUUUGAUGGCGAUGUCGAACGGAUUAAAGAAGAUGAUUGGUAUGUCCAGAGAUUUUUAUUAAGAAAUAAGAGACAAAUUGAACCGUCGCUGGAAAUGCUCAAGAAUUGUAUGCGUUGGAGACAUGAACUGCAAAUACCAGUGCUUAAGGAAACUGAUUUUCCUCAAGAAUUUUACAAAAUUGGUGGAGUAUUCUCCUAUUGUAAGGACAGGGAUGGCAACGGAAUGAUUUAUAUGCGCAUAAAAUUGCAUCGCAAGAUACCGGAGCUAGACUUAGCACUCAAACAGUUUGUGAUCUAUACUAUGAAUAAAGUCGAUGUCGAAGUUAACGGCAAUGGUAUGGCCAUUGUGUUUGACUGUAAGGAUGCUGGCGUAUCCAAUGUAGACAUGGAUAUGCUAUGGUUUCUUAUAUCAUCGAUGAAUAAAUACUAUCCAAAAGGUCUGUCCUAUAUAUUGGUCUAUGAGUUGCCAUGGAUUUUGAAUGCCGUCUGGAAAAUAGCCAAAAGUUGGAUACCAGAAGAGCAACGAAAACUGAUUAAGUUUGCCAACAAAGACGACAUUGAAAACUAUGUCGACAAACAAAACUUACCGGACUUUUUGGGCGGUGUUUGCGAUCGAGAGUAUAGAGUCGUACCGAAAGGCUGUCCGACUGCCGAAGAAGUGGCCAAAAAUAGAGGUCUUACCGAUAAAGAGAUCGAAAAGAUUAGAAAGAUAUUUGAAUCUCAUUUAAUUUGAAUGAAUAACUACUAAAUUGAUUGUUGAUUUCAAUAGAUUUUUUUGGUUGUUUGGU